AUACAAUAACAAGAGUGUCUCUGAAGUCUGAUUCAGUUGUGGUCAAGGCCGUGUAUAGGGGUGUUGUAGUAAUACAGCUAGAACAUAGUCAUUCGUCAUGGAUAAAAGAAAAUAUUCAACAACUGGAGAGUCACUGUAUCAACUUUUAGGACUGGAAAAGUCUGCCACACCCGAGCAGAUAAAGAAGACCUACAGAAAGCUCGCGCUGAAGUAUCAUCCUGACAAGAACCCCAACAACCCAGAAGCAGCCGAGAAGUUCAAGGAGAUCAACCGGGCGCAUGCCACUCUCAGCGAUUCAGUGAAGCGUAACAUCUACGACAGCUACGGCUCGCUGGGGCUGUACAUCGCCGAGCAGUUUGGCGAGGAGAACGUCAACACCUACUUCCUGGUGACGUCCGGCUGGUGCCGCGCCCUGUUCGUCUUCUGCGGCGUCAUCACCGGCUGCUACCUGUGCUGCUGCUUCUGCUGCUGCUGCAACUUCUGCUGCGGAAAGUGCCGGCCGGCACCGCCCGAGGAGUCGGGAGACUACCACAACUUGGAGACGGAGCCGCCUGUGGUGGUGGUGGAGCAGCCGGCCCCGUCCGGCUCUCAGCAGUCGCCGGGGGACGAUGACGCGGACCUGGAGGAGCCGCAGAUGGCUCGGUCACGGGCCGACGUGGAGCCGGUGACGGCGCAGCCGGUCAGCGCUGGCGCCCAGCUGUCCGCCACGGAGAGCACCGGCCUCAGGAGCUCCGAGCAGACCACCUACACGCCAGGCAUGACGCAGUCCGGAGUUCAAUCAAAUGUUCCCUAGACGGGCGUUCUCCCGGGACCAGCGCACACAGAUCGGCUUCUGCUUCUCUGGCCAGUGCAGUCAGUCAGUCGGCGGCGAUCCCCGAGCCGCCGAGCGCCCGACACUGCACUCCGGCCCUCGUCAGGGAGCCAAUGGCGCCAGCAGCCGCAACCAUUCAAUGCUCAGCAUAUCGGAGAAGUUGCGGAGCGCUGUCUGCUUCUGGAUUCUGGAAUGUGAAUGUAGUCGUCAUAAGCCUGAAACAGACUCUUUCCUCAGUCAGGAAAUCGCAUGCGAGGAGAGCCUAGAGCCUAUUCAAAUGCAUGGAAGCACGCUCGCAUCAAUCGCACGUACUUUCCGCAUGCGAUUGAUGCGGGAAGAAUUGUAAUGUAGUUCAAUAGGCUCUCGCAUGCGAUUUUCUGAAUGCCGAAAGAGUCUGUUUGAGCCUCGACUCCGGAGCGCACGGCUGCACUGUCGCCGGAUCCACGGACCUGUAAUCAACCCUAACUCUCAGUCGACUGGAAAUCAACGGGUGUUCACUGAUUGGUGUGCGGAUGUCUGCCGGCUUGUUGUUGUUACUUUUGAUGUGCUAUUUGAUCUUUGAGUGAGAGAGCGUUGAAUGCGUGGCGUUGAAUGCAGCGCCGCUGGUCCGGCGAGGCGGGUAGCCCGGUCUGCCACGACGCGCCCCGAGUCGGCCGGGCCGGGCCGGCGGCGUCACCCGUCGGCAGCGCCGUGAGCCCGCCCGCCGCCGCAGACUGGUGGGUCGGCACCCCGCGCUAUGUCUUUCCCUCUGUCCCUCGCCUUUCUCCCUCUGGGAAGUGCUAUGAUGGGCGAAUGCCAGACAGUGGCUGCCGCACCUAUUGGCUGUCAUUUCUAUCACUAUAGCUAGCUUAAAAAGCACAAAUGAUGCCAACAUUAACGUUCUGGUGUUCUUUGAGCUUGAUAUCGAGCUGUAACAACUAACAACGCUUUAUGGGCAAGAAUGCUUGGUUUGACUCCGGCUAUUUCUGUUUUAUGCUCCAUUUAGCUGUGCUGUAUUGCUGCUCUGCUGUGCGAGUAUUGGAUGCGUCCGUCAAUGAUUGAUCGUUUGACCUGACCGCUGCACACCGCUCUCGCCUGGUGACUGGCUAGUGCACGUUUACGGGUGCACUUUGGGUAUCUUUAGGCAUAUCUGCUAUUUCUGGCAUACUGAUUUGUUUUCUUGGCUGGCUGUGUCCCGUUCGGGCGAAUGGCCAGCCCACAUAGACUGCUGAUAUCAGGGUGCUUGGCCGAAGAGUUUGUCAGUGAUCUGUGUUGUGCUCGAGCUGGCAGUGGUGCUGGGCUGGCUGCAGACGGAUGCCGCUGCCGCGCCGCGUCCUUUCGUAAGUUGUCAUCUCGCAGUAAUAACCUUCCGCCAUUCCGUUCAAAUAUUUGCUUGAUUCGUGAACGGGGAAUUAUAUCGCGCAUGGGAUUAAUCGAUAUAUUAUCUGAUAGGGCGCGACCAAUGGACUGAUGGCCUAACGCCAGUGUGGCGCGCGGCGCGACCGGUGGCGGCCAGUGUGGCGCGCGGCGCGACCGGUGGCGGCCAGUGUGACCGACUGCUGGCCAGUGGCCAAUGUGAUCCGGUGUGCUGUAAAUACACUUGACAGAGCUAA